GUUCUCGUGUUCCGCCAUCUCGGCGUCACUAUCGCUAAUGAAUUGAUUAAAACGCCCCCACUGGUAAAAUUUAGAAGCUUAAAGGUAUUCAGCCAUGCCGCCGGAGAGAAAAGCAAAAGGCAAAGUCGUUUUGGAGCCAUUUGUGCAUGAAACUGCACAGCCACCACCUGUCCUGACAGACCCACUUGCUAAUGUGGAUGCAGAAGAUGAACAGGAUGCAGGAGUUACCUAUUUUGUGGAUGAAGAGGGCAGAUAUUAUUACCAACCGGCUGGGGACAAUCAGAACCUGGUCUCCUUGUCCACUAUAGUUACUGAGGAGCCAGAGGGUAUGCCUAAACAGGAGCAGAUGUUAGUCGAUGUUGAUAGCUACCAGGCAGUGACACUUCUCCCAUCAGAAUCCAGUACUGGCGAAGUCAGCUAUGUCUUGGUGGUACAAGAAGAAAAUAAGCCUGUCGUCAAUAUUGAUAUCAAGAUGGAUCAGGAAGAGGAGAAAGCGAAUGAAGAUGUAUACAACUUUGAGGAAGAAGAGGAUCCUGCAGAUGAUGGUAGUGAUGAAGAUGAUGAUGGCAAAUUGAAGCCCCCACCCACGAAACGCAAGUAUUUGCGGCCACACUUCACUUGCAGCUUCUGUUCAUACACCAGCCAUAGACGGUACCUAUUAUUGCGCCACAUGAAGUCUCAUUCGGAAGAGCGUCCACAUAAGUGCGGCGUGUGCGAGCGCGGAUUCAAGACAAUAUCCUCGUUACAGAACCAUGUGAAUAUGCACAAUGGCGUCAAACCACACGUCUGCAAGUACUGCAAUAGCCCAUUUACUACUUCAGGCGAGCUGGUGCGACACGUCCGAUACAAACAUACGCACGAGAAGCCGCACAAAUGCACAGAGUGUGACUACGCAUCCGUCGAGUUGUCUAAACUUCGCAGGCAUGUACGCUGCCACACUGGAGAACGACCUUACCAGUGUCCUCAUUGCACCUAUGCAUCUCCCGACACGUUCAAACUGAAACGUCAUCUGCGUACCCAUACUGGGGAGAAACCAUACAAAUGUGACCACUGCAACAUGUGCUUUACUCAAUCCAACUCGCUCAAGGCACAUAAGCUGAUUCACAAUGUGUCCGAGAAACCGGUGUAUGCGUGCGAAUUGUGUCCGGCCAAGUGUGGCCGUAAAACGGACCUUCGCAUCCACGUACAGAAGCUGCACACGUCCGACAAGCCUCUCAAGUGCACACGUUGCGGGAAGUCUUUCCCUGACAGAUACUCCUGCAAAAUCCACAAAAAGACCCACGAAGGCGAGAAAUGUUACAAGUGCGAAGUAUGCCCCUACGCAUCCACCACGCUGCGGCAUCUUAAGUCUCACAUGCUUAAACAUAUCGACGAGAAACCGUUUGUCUGCGACCAGUGCGAUCAGGCUUUUAGACAAAAGCAACUGCUCCGACGACAUCAAAAUCUAUACCAUAAUCCAGAUUAUGUACCGAAGCCACCGAAAGAGAAGACCCACACAUGCCAUGAGUGCAACCGGACUUUCGCGCACAAGGGCAACCUGAUCCGGCAUCUCGCUGUGCACGAUCCUGAAUCUGGACACCAGGAAAGGGCGCUAGCAUUGAAGCUUGGUCGACAGAAGAAGGUCAAAUAUAUCGACAAUGAAAGUCCUAAGGAACUAAUGGAAGUGGAAUCAGAUACCGAGCAGUCGGAAAUGGUGAAAUUGGGUCUGAAUGAGCUUCAACGCGGCGAGGUAGUAACAGUUACGCAUGGUGACGGCCAACAGUAUGUGGUUCUCGAGGUGAUCCAAUUAGAGGACGGCACAGAACAGCAGGUCACGGUCGACGCGCCAGACUUUACCGACGAAGAACAUGAACCAGAAGGCGACGAUGAAGAUGAUGAACACCCGAAUUUUAUAAAGCAAGAGAGGACCAGGCGAGAACUGGAGGCCAGUAGUAACAUCAAGAUUGAAACGGACGUGGACACAUGCUUUGGCUUUGAUGAGGAAGAAGAAACCGAAGAAGAUGAAGCGUACAACGACAAAAUGGUGCUUCGCUUUGUGUGAACUGUUCCAGUUGGUUAUGGGCACAAACCUGGGAGACAAUGUCCUCAUGGGCAUAAUGCUGCUGGUUAUAUUCUAAGGCCACAUUGCAGCAAUCCAACAUUCAGUAAAGACACUACCAAGUUAGGAGGGUACAUUCAAUUUAUUUAUUUAUUCUACAUGCACAUCAGCCCAUAUGAGAGGCUAAACGCGGAUACUACAUAGUAGGAUUUAAUUAUUUAUAAUAAUUUGUAAUAUCAUCACAUCACAUCACAAAGAACACAAACGGGUAAGAACUAUGCGCGUCGAGGAUGACCGAUCACACGACAAAGUGAAUGAUCGCGCUAUGUUAUAAUUAGUUGGAAUAUAAAAACUAUCCUCGAAUUACCUACGGAAUUUGUGCAAUCUUUAUACAAUUAUGUUCUGUUCAAGCUUUUGCUUUAGCAAUAAUAAUAUUUUUUUUUACGUUUUAUUGGCGUAGUGAAUAAAAACUGUCCUUGUUAAAGAAGAACUAGAUAAUGUGAUUAUGAGAUAUUUCAUGGUAAAAGCAUAAUAAUAUUUAUUAUAAAAAACUAUUAGCAAGGAAUGUUUUUAUAUUUUUAGUAUUGUUCUCCCAAGUUCAAGAGUUCCAGGUCAAUCGCAAUUAAAUUGGACAUUGAUCUCUCAAAUCGUAGUUUUAUAAAUACUACAAUGAUGUGAAUAGAUAUUAGAAAUGGAUGCAUGUUUUGCGCGUGGGUUGUACAGAAUUAUUAAUGUAUUAUAUUGUUUUAUUAAAUGUACAAUAAGAUGCGAACUUGGUAGGUAUUGUGUAUUAAAUCAUGUUACAAAAUAUAAAGAAGUGGUAAUCAUUUAAAAUAUUAAGUGAGCUACGGAUAUUGACCAAUAAACAAUAUUUAUUAUAAAAAUAUAUAGAAAACCCUCGCUGUUAAAAUGGUUUCACCAUAUUAAAUGUAUAUACAGUAGAAUCCUUUAUAAUGACAUCGUAGAUAAAUAACACUUCAUACAAGGCAUUUUGUAAAAAAGAAAGUCUGUUUUUGUUAGUAUGUAUUUAUUUUAAUAGAGAGAAAUAAAAUAGAUAUAAAUCAAAACUACGUAACACGUACAUAGGUAUGUAUAUUUUUUCAUUAUUUACUUAAGAAAUCUUGACUUAAAAUACUUGUUUGGUUUUCUUUCCUUAUAUUGUAAUAAUAGUUUGUAAUACUAUUGUGUAAAGAAGACAACACCAUCGUCAAAUUAUUGAUAUUGCUAUGAACAAAUCGAGAUAAUAAUUCUGCGGCCACAAACUCAAAACUAAAGUAGACAUGCACGCGCCGAACGUCGUCGGGUAUCACGUGACUUUCCCGAUAGCUGGCGCAGGUAUUAGGAAUCAUGUGGGUCAUUAUACUGGACGCAAUUUAUAAAAACUGGGUCACAAUAAGCGGCAUGUCACUAUAAGCAAAAUCUUUAUAUCAGACUUAGUUAUAAACAAUUUUAUAUGUAAACAAAACUUCGCUAUGUAGUUACUUAGAAAAUUUGUCAUAGUCAUAUGAUUUCAAUAUUGUGUUCAUUAUCCAGUCUUUUUGUGGGAUGGGGAACAUAAUGUUAAAAUCUGUACAAGCAGUUUCUACUGUUACCCGAAAGUUUACUUUCGGCAGGCUUCCUCAUAAAAAUGUACUUAUAAAAAUCCAUUGCUCACACUAUACAUUUUUUAAAAAUAAUCAAUCUUUUUACAUUUAAAAUAUAUAUAUACUUAUUAACAUUAUUCAGUCGGAGUAUAAGUGUUUGGUGUAAAUAUAAUUAUAAAGAACGCAUACUUUAUUGCCACACUGUAACACAAUUUGGUUUAUUAUUUUGUUGGUAGUAGCAACAAAUAAUAAACAACUAUAAAAUUUGGUAACAAAUGCUUCACGGGGUACUUUUUAUAGAAUAUACAUAACCCCCUACUAGUAAACGCUAAAUAAAACUGUAAUUAAUAUAAAGAUGAUAUUUUUUAAGAAUUUACAUUAAUUUCAAAUUAGUUUCUAAUAGGUUUGUCUGUGAGAGUGAACCGUGUAAUUUUACUAUUAGGGGGAAGUGUCGUAAUUUAAAUUUAAUGAAGAUAAAUGUAUCACAGCUUAUAAAUGAAUAGUUAUACCCAAUACCUACAUUUAUUUAUACAAUAACUCUAUUAUCUAUAAAUAGUGAAUAUACCGUUAUUUAAAAUAUACCUCAUUUGUACUUAUGCCCGUGGCUCAAUGGUCGAAGUCUGGUAUUUCAUAGCACAGGGUAACCAAGGUUAGGAAGUAAUAGGCAUGAUGACUAUGUUUUAAUAACUAUUCAAUAUAUGUUAUUUUUACAUUAAUUAUAUUUUGGAGUCGAUUUCUAAUAAUAUUAUUAGCAUAAUAUAAUAAGGUUCAUUUAAUUAUUCGCCAUUAAUAUAAUGAUAAUAUUUAUUUAUUUAAUAUUAAUAUAUUUAAAAAGCAAUACUUUGAACGGGUUGAUGGCGAUUUGCCUCCGCUGCAGAGAAUACUUUCUUUAGUCAAUAAUGUUCUGUAUAUGAUAGAGAACUGUAUUAUUUGGAAGAGAAUGACAGAGAAAAAGAGAUUCUACUAUUGUUUAUCAAUAUUAACAUUUUGUCUGUGUAUUAAAAUGUACACUUAUUUCAAACCGAUAUCAUAAACUUAUUUCUACUGUCGUCAUGCCUAUUAAUGUAAUUAUUGCGGCACUUAUAGUUUGUAAAUGUCUAUUUUGUUCUACCUAAUACAUUAUAUGUCUGGUCCACCAAAUUAAGUUUAAUUAAUUAAGUAUUUGUGAGGAAUAAUAUUAAUGCUAUGAUCUCUGAUUGCCUAUAAUUUUAAAGUCAUUGGUGUUGUAAUACUAAAUAAUUUAAAUCAUAUAUCAUCCAUUUAUUCGUCUUAUGAUUUUUUUUGCUUAUAAUGCAUGGAGUAAAUUAAUAAGUAUAUAUAAUAGUAUAGUACUAAUAUAGGUGCGUUAUGACGGUUAUAACACACACGGCGGAAUUUCAGCCCCAGCCGAAAACAAGGGCGCAAUAUAGCCGAGUGUGUUAAAUACGCACGUAUAUCGUACGACGAUUUUGAACACACUUGAGUUUAACACAACACACAGAAGCCUCAUGAAAUAUCG